UCCAGAUCAGACUCGCAUUCAAAAACAAAUCAAAUGAAAAAUGCCUCUCUUCCAUAAGGAGAAUCGCAUCUCUGUCUUGUAAAGUUAUCCCUUUCCUGACAAUUAAUGUCAAGUAUAACGUGGAAGCAGCACAGCGCUGCCCAGCUGGAAAUAGCACCACUGAUGGGAACAGACACUUAAAAUUCAGCGCACUAUAUGCUAGUAAAUGCAGCAUAAUGCCUUCAAAGGUCUCUUGCUUAUAUGUGUUGACAGUUGUUUGCUGGGCAAGCGCUCUGUGGUACUUAAGUGUUUCCCGCCCGUCGACCUCGUACGUGGGGCAGAUCUCAGUGCCUAUACGGAAGACGGCGAAGCACAAGAACACCACAUUCAGCAACAUCCGGACCCGCCCGCUGAACCCUCACGCCUUCGACUUCAUCAUCAACGAGCCCAAGAAGUGUGACGCAGACGCCCCGUUCCUCGUCAUCCUCAUCAGCACAACGCACAAGGAGUUCGACGCCCGGCAGGCCAUCCGGGAGACCUGGGGGGACGAGAGCACCUUCGGCGACGUGGGCAUCGUCACCCUCUUCCUGCUGGGGAGGAACACCGACGCCGUCCUCAACCAGAUGGUGGAGCAGGAGAGCCAGAUCUUCCACGACAUCGUGGUGGAGGACUUCAUCGACUCCUACCACAACCUCACCCUCAAGACCCUGAUGGGCAUGCGCUGGGUGGCCACCUUCUGCCCCAAGGCCAAGUACGUCAUGAAGACAGACAGCGACAUCUUCGUCAACAUGGACAACCUCAUCUACAAGCUCCUCAAGCCGACAACCAAGCCCAGGAGGAGGUACUUCACCGGCUACGUGAUAAACGGGGGCCCCAUCCGGGACAUGCGCAGUAAGUGGUACAUGCCCCGGGACCUGUACCCCGACAGUAAGUACCCCCCGUUCUGCUCGGGAACGGGGUACGUCUUCUCGGCCGACGUGGCCGAGCUCAUCUACAAGACGUCCCUCCACACCAGACUGCUGCACCUGGAGGACGUGUACGUGGGGCUGUGUCUGAGGAAGCUGGGCAUCCACCCUUUCCAGAACAGCGGCUUCAACCACUGGAAGAUGGCCUACAGCCUCUGCAGGUACCGCAGGGUCAUCACCGUGCACCAGAUCUCCCCUGAGGAGAUGCACCGUAUCUGGAACGACAUGUCCAGCAAGAAGCACCUCAGGUGUUAGAGGCACCUCCCGAGGACAAACAAACAAACUCUCUCCCCCCUCUCACUUUUUAAUUAACACCGAAUUAUCAACAAGGGCCCACAUCACACUACCCUGCAGAUUACACUAUUUGAUGAUUGCUAUCAAAAGGUGUUUUUUAAAUAUUUAUGUCCAGUGUUGUUAUUACUACUUACCUUUUCUCCUUUGCACUUAAUGAGUGCGGCAGCUUUGCAGGCACAUUGCUCUCACUUGAAUGAGUAUGAAAUUGAAACAGUAUUCUGACGUUUAUUCUAUGAAUUACAGAAUGACACACCAUCGCAAUUUAAUGCAUUGAACUGAGGAGCAUUCCCCAUGUAGUGUUAUCGGUUUGCUCAACUGUGACAUUAUAAAUGUACCAAGUAAAUGUUGAUUUACUGUAAGCCACAGGUGGACAGGCGUUCUAAGGCAUGGAAUGAAAGUAUUUAUUUGUCCGUUUAAAAAUUCAUGGCUUCAUGAUCAACUUAUCACAUGCUGUUUUGCAGUGCUACCUAUAAGUAAAGGACAGCGCAUGUCCAGAGAGAAAGCACUGCUAGCCCAGUGCUACAAUGUAGGAAAUAAUGUAGCACAAAUUAGGCUCACCAAAAUGUACCAAUGCAAAUGAGCCUUCUGUAAAAGAAGGCAACUGGUGAAUGUCACUACUCUUGUCAUAUGAAAACAAAACAACAUGUAUCUUUGUUGGAUGCAGUGUAAAAUAUGUUUAAAACAGUACUGUAAGACAAUGAUGUUCAUCAUUCUCGCUCAAUGUUCAAAUUCAGUCAUGUAAA